AUGCACGAACUAUCCUCGGACAACAAUGUUGAAUUGAAGGCGGUGCACGACCAUGUGGACGCCCAAUUACGGCUGGAGUCAACAGGGAAUAUUCAAGUAACCACAUCGCUUGACCAGGUAUUGCCCGGCCAAGAGGAGGAUUUCUUCCAGCAGUUUGAAGCUUCCAUGAGCGAAGAAUUACGCAAGACUCUUAAUGCACACCUGAAACAGACGUUGCUAACAUCCACCUCUUGGCAGGCAAAACACAGGCUUGCCAUUGAGAAUUCCACCGGCGUCAGGGUCUUGGAGAAGUACAUGUUCAUGAAUUGGAAGACACCGAAUGGAGAGACUGCAGUAUUUUUCUCAGUCGUCUCAGAUGUGCGCACUCGCCAAAAGAACUUCCUGGGGAUUGACAAGGCCGCUGCUGACAUCCGUGACGAGGAGCUGUUGAAAUGGUUGGACUUCAAGCUUCUUGUUGAUAUCCGGAAGAGAGCCGAUGCUGUCUUGCAGCCCGCUGUGAAGUGCCCCCUCAAACAUUUGCAGCUAGCAUUAGUGGAUGGCGACGAAAGCUUCAAAGAGGUCUUUGAGAAAGCGGAGAGGUCCGGAGUCUGCUCUGAAGUCUUUCUCGCCCAGCACAGAGGCAAAUACAAGGAGCUAUUGGAUAAGAGUGAGAUCUUCGAGACAUUGACGGAAAAUCUCCAGGACAAGAUCGAACAGUUGGAUCCCAGCUGUGCGGCUGAUUUGCAAGCCAUGCAGCGCCAAUGGCCACACAAAAAUCUCGCAACGCAGAAGGAAGGUUGCAAGCACGUUGGGAAACUUCUCCGCCGUAAGGAAGCCUUCCAAAAUCUCUCGAAGGUUUGUUGCGAUGCUGAUCAAUCGGUAGCCCAGCAUCUCAUGCGCACUCAUAACUUCUCUGACCGAGAAGUUGCUCCUUGCCGGCAAAGAUGCGAAACCCUCAGGGCCCUGGACGUUACAGCAUCUUCGGGCGAUCUCGAUGGCUUGAAAACGCUGCUGGCAAAAGUCAAGUUGUCAACCGACCUUUCAGACAGUGAACUCCGUCCCUUUGAUGAGAAAAUCGCAUUGGAAGACGAAAAGUUCAAAGUCAAAGUCCUGUCGGAUCUCGAUGCCGCCAAAGGAAACUGUGAUCGAGCUUUUCGGCGGGCCUUGAGGGAAGCCAAGGAAGCCAAACUUCCGGAUCACGAGAUCCGUCGUCAUGAACAAGAACAUGAGACCCUGAUGCAAGCCAGGGAAGACCAGGAAACCCGCAAGAAUGAACUUCGGGAGCUGCAGAAGCUGAUCCGUACUUCGGACUUGAAGUGUGACAGCAAGCUGCAAUCAAUGAGGAACAGAUGGCCUAACCAGGAUCUGAGCAAGCAAGGUGAAGAUUGCGAACGCAUUCAGAACGUUCCCCUCCGCCAGGCAGCCUUCCGACAGUUUUGGGAGGUUUGCUGCGAUACGGACCAGUCAAAAGCCAGACAGCUGAUGCAGUUACAUGACUUCUCUGAGGAAGAGGUCACCGCUUGCCACAGGCAGUGCAACCCGUUCCCUCUUGUUGGGGUUCUAUGCGGCAGCGUCGCCUUGUUCUUGGUCAGUUUGGCGACAUGGUGUGCUUAUCGUUGCACAACGGCUAGGGCUAGAACAGCCAAUCUGCCUGGAACCGGCUUGCAACAUGCCGGUGUUCCGCAUGUUUCACCGGAGGAUUCCAUAUCACAAGUAAGAUGUGCUCAGCUUGGGUUCCCCACGCACGAACACCCUGGUCGGGGCAGCGCGAGCUGCGCGUCGCAUGGCUCAGACUCAUGGAGCCUGCUUCCGGGAUGCUUCCUUCCAGAUUCAAUUUUUGCUAUGGAAAGUGGCCACUGGAUCCCAGCAAGCAUGCUUGUUCCUGGAAACAAGGUGCAAGCGCAUGAUGGCCAGUAUGUCACAGUGAAGAGCAUUAGAAAAAAGAAGGAAUCCAGAAUGGUUGAACUUCGCGCAGGCGAUGCUUGUCUUUGCGCAACUCCUCAGCAUCGCGUGAUUGUUCUAGCCGGAGGGCAAGAAAACCCAGGGCAGGAGGAGAAGCCCAUGAAGGAGCUCGAGGCGGGUGUUGACAAGGUCAUGUGCAGUGGUGGCCACUUCAGGGUGGUGGCUGAAGUCACAGUAACGGAAGCAGAGCAAUCUUUCGAGGUGCUGGACAUUCAGAAGAUGAGAUCCAUGCGCACUCACGCGUUGGAGGGCGUUGAGGAGGAUAAGCCAGACACGGCGUCUGACGUUUUCAUGGAAGACCUGAGAUGUGAGCGGAGCUGCCGAUCUUGGCCCUGA